AUGAACCGUAGAAAACAUAGCAGAACGACCGAUGAGGUCGAGAUCUCCAAGCGGCCGAAAUUCAUCGCAUGCCAGCGCUGCCAUUCGCACAAGAUUAAAUGCUCAGGGGGUCAGCCGUGUCUCAAAUGCCGGCAGGUUGGCUGUGCCGAUGAAUGCGAGUACACGCCUCGCGAUCGGCAGGUGAAAGUAAGCGAAAGCUUCUUGCAACGCCUGCUAGCGGAGAACCAGCGUCUGCGCGAACAGCCCCGAGCGCCGGAGCAUCCGACCGAUGCGGACCCAGAGGGGGGCGGCGUCUCGGGGCGCGGGCCGUCACGAGUGCCGGCAGAAGCCCCGGACCUGGAAACUGGGAAUCCCAACAACGUGCGCAAUCCCUUAAUCGGGGAUCGCGCCUGGUUCCAUCCUUACGAUCCCUCCGCGCCGCCUAUCUUCAUUGGGGAGGCCGCCUGCACCGCGUUUGCGACGCGCUUCCGGCGCUUCCUGACGGGGAGUAACGCCACCGCCCACAUCCCUCGCACCCAGUACGUCCACGACGAGAGCAUCAGUGCGGCCACCGCGGGCGAGAUUGGCUGGCCGAGUCUGCAGCAGGCCCGGCUGUUGCUGAAGAUCGCCCUGCGGCAGAUCGGGUUCAUUUACCAUCUGGUCCUGCGCAAAUCGACGACGGAGAAGCUCGAGGAGAUCUACCAGACGGGCGACUUCGAGGCCAAGGUCCACCAAUGCAAGUUCUUCGCGCUCUUCGCCUUUGGCGAGGCAUACUCCAUGCGCAAUGAAUCCUCCUCGGGGUCGCGGGUGCCAGGGACCAAGUAUUUCGCGCGUGCGCUCAGCCUCGUGCAGGUGCUGCCGGAGCGGACGAGCAUCGCCCAUUUGGAGACGCUCUUGUUGCUGUCUUUGUUCUCCUACUACCUGAACCGGAGGCAUUCAGCCUACGUGCUGAUUGGCAGCGCGAUGCGGCUGGGAUUGACCAUUGGUCUUAACCACAACAUUCCCGAAUCGCAGCUGAUCGACCCGGUGGAACGCCAGCACCGCGUGCGUAUCUGGUGGACGAUCUACAUCUUCGAUCGCAUGUGGGGCUCGAAGAUGGGAGUGCCGUCUCAGAUCCUGGACGAUGAUAUCCAUCUGGACAUGCCGUCGACGAUCACUCCGAUCGCCUUGCACGAGGAGCAGUUCUCGGACACGGAAUACUUGAAGGCGAACAUCAGUCUGGCGCGGAUUGUUGGCGAGACGAUCGCCAAACUGUACAGUCGACGCAAGUACAGCGAAACGUUUCUGCAGCGCGUGCAGAAGUUGUUGAAAGCGCUGAAGAACUGGGUGGAAACGCUGCCGGAGCAUCUACGUCUGAACCAAGAGGAACCGGAAACGAGUCGGACACCGGUCGGAUCGUUGCAUUUAUCCUUCAACCAGUGUGUCAUCAUCACCACGCGCCCCACCCUCCUCCACAUCCUCAUCAAGCUCAGCGAGCCCGCGUCGGAGGAGAUCUCCCAGCCCGUGCUUACGCUGGGGGAGGCGUGCGUCCACGCCGCCCGGCACACCCACUCCAUCAUCCUGACGCGGUGGAUCAACGGCUCCAUGCCCACGUUCGGCUACUUCCACGCGCACUACCUGUUCUCGUCCGCCCUGGUCCUCGCCAUGUCCAGCUUCACGCCGAUGGGGAGCGCCGCCGACAUGAACUCGUUCGAGACCGGGCUGGAGGUGCUCCGCUCGAUGAGCGAGAACGGGAACCUGGCGGCGUCGGAGUUCUACCAGCACCUCAAGGUGGUCCACGAGUGUCUGGGGCGGUACCUGAGCGACCGCCGGCGGAGCCAGAAUGCGGCCGCGGCGGCGACGGCGGCGAUCGGGCCCGGGGUGGCGACUGCGGCGGUGGUGUCGACGACGGUGGAUGGUGGGCCGGCGGCCGCCGCGGCCGGGGUCGAGGAGUUCUUGCCCGUGGAGCUCCGGGACAGCAGUGGGGGGUUCACGACGGCGAUGGCGUUUAUGGAACCCACGAUGCAGGACUUUCUGGCGCAGAGUGAUUUCGAUCUGGGGAUGCUGCAGGUGGAUACGUAUCUGAAUGAGGGGGGGUAUGAGGGGAUGACCAGUAGUCAUUGA